CUGUGUUCUUUCGCCUGUUAAGAAGGACAGCUCAUGGAAAUAAAGACGGCUUUUGUUUGCUGAAAUGAUAAAACUUCAAGACUUUUCCUUGGACUUGCUGAUUGGUUGCCCGUGAAAUUGAAGCACGGUUAUUUUUGUAACUGAAAGAACCAAAAAAAGAAGAAAUAAAAAAAAAAAUUGGCGACCGCGUAAAGACACCUUUACUGCUGAGAUGAAGGACGGUUCAAAUAGAUUCUGGGCAGUCCUCGCUAUAUGUGCUCAACUUAUAGCAGUAGUCAGUGCUGCUGGUCUAUUUUCGACAUCAGCUACAAUUCUGAACAAAGGAGAUCCUAUACCACUAUACCUGAACAAGAUCUUUUCAUUCAAGACUCAAUUGCCAUAUGCUUACAGCGAGUUAAACUUUAUAUGCCCAACAAGUGCUCGAGCCUCACGACCGUGGAUAAAUUUGGGCCAAGUCAUGAGAGGAGAUCGUAUCGUUGAAAGCGACUAUAAGAUCACUGUGGGCCGCGACUCCUCCUGCCAGGUGCUAUGCGAUAAGCCUGUUUCAGUAGAAGAAGCUAUGCAAGCAAAGAAGUUGAUAUUACAGGACUAUCAAGUAGAAUGGAUUUUAGACGACAUGCCUAGCUCAACAGCAUUCUAUACAAGCGAAGUGAAAACGAAACGGUAUCGUAACGGAUUUCCGUUAGGUCAAGUUGUUAAUGGUAAAACAUAUCUUAACAAUCACAUUGCUUUCAACAUCCUAUACGAUACUGUCGACCAAGAUCGCAUUAGAAUAGUUGGAUUUGAGGUAUACCCUGAUUCGUUUAGAGGAGAUGAAUGCCAGCCUUCGACAAUUGAUUAUGGUCGUCAAGAAGUCUCAGAACGUCGAACGACCAUUCGAUAUUCCUAUUCGGUUACUUGGGAACUGAACAAGCAAAUUUCUUGGGAACAACGAUGGGAAUUGUAUCUACUUGCCUCCGACAACAGUUUGCAUUGGUAUGCAAUUAUCAACUCGUUGGUCAUAGUUUUGUUCAUGUCUGCAAUUCUUGCUGUCAUAUUGAUGAAAGCCGUACGAAAAGAUAUGACGGACGAUGACAAGUUGUACAAUAACAAUGAUGAGGCAUUGGGCUGGAAGCUCAUCAACAAAGAUGUUUUCAGAAGACCCACCUAUGGAGGUCUCUUUGCGCCACUGCUGGGGUCUGGUAUUCAACUUCUUACUAUGGCCAUACUCACUUUGCAGAUGGCGUAUAUCGGUAUUCUGAACAGAACACAUCGUGGAGGCAUAGUUUCAUUUGCGCUGAUUAUGUAUCUUCUUGGAGGAUUCGCUGCUGGAUAUUCCAGUGCUCGCAUUUACAAAGUAUUUAAAGGGCGCUCUUGGCAAUUAAAUGCUGUUUUGACGGCUACUUUAGUUCCUGCGGUUCUAUUCUUGACAGCGACCAUCAUCAAUUUGUUUGUUUGGACGAAGCAGUCGUCAUGGGCUAUGCCAUUUACCACAUGGCUUUCACUAAUCAUCAUGUGGGCCGUGGUAUGCCUCCCACUGGUAAUGUUUGGAGCAUACUUUGGUGAUAAGCAACCUCGUCUCGAGCAUCCCGUAAGAGUGAGCCCUGUGCCUAGAAUUAUACCCUAUAAACCUUGGUACAUGAGUACUUGGAUCAGUAUGGCAGCCGGAGGCGCUUUGCCAUUUGCUGUUGUAUUUAUGGAAGUUCAUUUCCUGCUCAAAUCCAUUUGGCAGGGACAAAUGUACGGAUCUUUCUACUUCCUGGAGAUUGUUUUCCUUCUCCUUGUUAUUACCAUUAUCGAAGUCACUGUCGCCCUUGUGUACUUCCAAUUGUGCAGCGAGGACUAUAACUGGUGGUGGAGAUCGUUUGUUGUAUCGGGGGCCUCUGGUAUCUAUGUAUUCUGUUAUGCCAUCGCCUACUGGAUAACUGUUCUAGAAAUUGAUGGUUUCGUUGCUGGGCUUGCCUAUGUUGCUAACGCAUUUUUGGUUUCUCUCGCAUUUGGUGUGUGUACUGGCACAAUUGGAUUUUUCGCUGCAUAUGCUUUUGUGCGCCGAUUGUAUUCGGCUCUCAAGGUUGACUAAAUCUCCUGGGGCAUUCAUUAAGAUGGAACGCUCUUUGCAAUCUACAGUUUAUAUAGACAUAUACAGUACAUGGCACGGUUGUGCUGAACAAAAGAAAAUAUAUAUUUUG